CACACUCCCAAGCAUGUUCACACCUAACAAUGCCUGCUCUGUGUCCACCUCUUUCUGGCUCACAGGAAUCCCAGGACUGGAGUCUCUGCACAUCUGGCUUUCUAUCCCCUUUGGCUCCAUGUACUUGGUGGCUGUGGUGGGGAAUGUCACCAUCCUGGCCAUGGUUAAGAUGGAGCACAGCCUGCACCAGCCCAUGUACUUCUUCUUGUGCAUGUUGGCUGUCAUUGACUUGGUUCUGUCAAGCUCUACCAUGCCCAAAUUGUUGUCCAUCUUCUGGUUUGGUUCCUGUGACAUUGGUCUAGAUGCCUGCUUAACUCAGAUGUUCUUUGUCCACUGCUUCGCAACUGUUGAGUCAGGCAUCUUUCUUGCUAUGGCUUUUGACCGCUAUGUGGCCAUCUGUGACCCACUACACCAUAUGUCAGUGCUCACCCAUGCAGUGGUGGGACGUUUGGGGCUGGCUGCACUCCUCCGAGGAAUAAUCUACAUUGGGCCUCUUCCUCUUCUAAUUCGUUUGAGGCUGCCUCUUUACCGGACCCAAAUAAUUGCCCAUUCCUACUGCGAGCACAUGGCUGUGGUCACUUUGGCAUGUGGUGACACAAGGAUCAAUAACUUAUACGGAAUGGGAAUUGGCUUCCUGGUGUUGAUCCUGGACUCACUAGCCAUAAGUGCAUCCUAUGUGAUGAUUUUCAGGGCUGUAUUGGGAUUGUCUACCCCUGAUGCCAGGUUUAAAACCUUAGGCGCGUGUGGUUCUCACAUCUGUGCCAUCCUUGUCUUCUAUAUCCCGAUUGCCGUUUCAUCUCUCACCCAUCGCUUUGGCCAUCAUGUGCCUCCCCAUAUCCAUAUUCUUUUGGCCAACUUUUACCUCCUCAUCCCACCCAUCCUCAACCCAGUUGUCUAUGCUGUCCGCACCAAGCAGAUCCGGGAGAGACUUCUCCACAUUAUUAAAGCAGGAACUCAACCGAGGUGA